GUUUUAUCAUUUUUUAUGGUCUUUCGUGAGAUUAUUUUGUUGUUCAAUUGCUGUCCUGUCAAGCGUUGUUCGGUCACGUGUCAGCCGGUGGGCGGUGACGUCAGCCGCCGGUGCGGUUAUCAGGCGGCGGAUGGCGAGAGCGCGAUCAGACACACAGCAGGAUCACAGAGAGACGCGCUGAUGGAGAUGACGAUGACGAUGGAGAUGCAGUAUAACAACAACAAUAACGGAUACGGUCUGGAAGAAUACAUGAUCCAGGAGGAUGAGUGGGACCGAGACCUGCUGCUCGACCCCGCCUGGGAGAAACAGCAGAGGAAGACGUUCACGGCCUGGUGUAACUCUCACCUGCGGAAAGCAGGAACGCAGAUCGAGAACAUCGAGGAGGAUUUCAGGAACGGCCUGAAGCUGAUGCUGCUCCUGGAGGUCAUCUCAGGUGAAAGACUUCCCAAACCAGACAGAGGAAAGAUGCGCUUUCACAAAAUCGCCAACGUGAACAAAGCUCUGGACUACAUCACCAGUAAAGGAGUCAAGCUGGUGUCCAUCGGCGCCGAGGAGAUUGUUGAUGGGAACGUGAAGAUGACUCUGGGAAUGAUCUGGACCAUCAUCCUCCGCUUCGCCAUCCAGGACAUCUCAGUGGAGGAAACCUCGGCUAAAGAAGGGCUCCUGCUGUGGUGUCAGAGGAAAACCGCCCCGUACAGGAACGUCAACGUACAGAACUUCCACUGCAGCUGGAAGGACGGUCUGGCGUUCUGUGCGCUCAUUCACAGACACAGACCCGACCUGAUCGACUACGCCAAACUCAACAAGGAUGAUCAUCUUGGAAAUCUCAAUCUGGCUUUAGAAAUUGCAGAGAAACACCUGGACAUCCCGAAAAUGCUGGACCCUGAAGACAUCAUUAACACCCCGAAGCCUGACGAGCGGGCCAUCAUGACGUACGUGUCCUGCUUCUAUCACGCGUUUGCUGGGGCAGAACAGGCAGAAACGGCGGCUAACAGGAUCUGUAAAGUGCUUGGAGUGAAUCAGGAAAAUGAGAAACUGAUGGAAGAAUAUGAACGACUGGCCAGUGAGUUGCUGGAGUGGAUCCGUCGCACCACACCGUGGCUGGAGAAGCGAACUCCUGAGAACACGAUGGACGCCAUGAGGCGUAAGCUGGAGGAUUUCAGAGACUAUCGGCGCAUACACAAACCACCCAAAGUCCAGGAGAAAUGCCAGCUGGAGAUCAGCUUCAACACACUGCAGACCAAACUCCACAUCAGCCACAGACCCGCGUUCAUGCCCUCCGAGGGGAAGAUGGUGUCUGACAUCACGGCAGCGUGGCAGGGUCUGGAGCAGGCUGAGAAGGGUUAUGAGGAGUGGCUGCUCAGUGAGAUCAGGCGUCUGGAGCGUGUGGAGCAUUUGGCUGAGAAGUUCAGGCAGAAAGCGGCAACACACGAGAGCUGGGCGCAGGGAAAGGACAAGCUGUUGACUCUGAAGGAUUACGAGAGCGCGUCCCUGACGGAGGUGAGGGCAUUGCUGCGGAAACAUGAGGCAUUUGAGAGUGACCUGGCAGCACAUCAGGACAGAGUGGAGCAAAUCGCCGCCAUAGCACAGGAGCUCAAUGAACUGGACUAUCACGCUGCUGCGGUCAUCAAUGAACGCUGUCAGUCGAUCUGCGAUCUGUGGGAUCAGCUGGGAACUCUGACCCAGAAACGCAGGGAAGCUCUGGAGAGGACGGAGAAGCUCCUGGAGACGAUCGAUCAGCUGUUUCUGGAGUUUGCUAAGAGGUCGGCUCCGUUCAAUAACUGGAUGGAAGGAGCCAUGGAGGAUCUGCAGGACAUGUUCAUGGUUCACUCUGUAGAAGAGGUUCAGAAUCUGAUCUCGGCUCAUGAUCAGUUUAAGGCGACGCUGCCCGAGGCCGACAGCGAGCGUCAGGCCAUUCUCAGCAUCUAUAACGAGGUGCAGAAGAUCACUCAGAGCUACGGGAUCUCCAGCAAACUCACCAACAUCUACUGCGACAUCACACCCGCCAUCAUCAACCAGAAAUGGGAGAAGGUGAAGAAGUUGGUUCCUCAGAGAGACGGCACUCUGCAUGAGGAAUUGUCCCGACAGCAUGCGAACGAGAGAUUCAGACGACAGUUUGCAGCACAAGCCAAUGCCAUCGGACCCUGGAUACAGACACGCAUGGAGGAGAUCGCUCGCAGCUCGGUGGAUCUGGGCGGCACGCUGGAGGAUCAGAUGACCCAGCUGAAGCAGUACGAGCACAACAUCAUCAACUACAAACCCAACAUCGACAGGCUGGAGGGAGACCAUCAGCUCAUCCAGGAGUCGCUCAUCUUCGACAACAAGCACACCAACUACACUAUGGAGCACAUCCGUGUGGGAUGGGAGUUACUGCUCACCACCAUCGCUCGCACCAUCAACGAGAUCGAGACGCAGAUCCUGACCCGCGACGCUAAAGGAAUCAGCCAACAGCAGCUCAACGAUUUCAGAUCCUCCUUCACACACUUCGACCGGAAGAAGAAGGGCGGUAUGGAGACGGAUGAUUUCAGAGCGUGUCUGAUCUCUAUGGGUUAUGAUCUGGUAAAACAACAGCCGCGAACGCAGCGUUUGAGUGCAGAUCUGUUGUGUUUGAACACGUCAGCAGUGUUUUUCUGUCUCUGUCUGCAGGGUGAAGCCGAGUUCGCACGCAUCAUGUCUCUGGUGGAUCCCAACGGAUCCGGUACGGUGACGUUUCAGUCGUUCGUGGACUUCAUGACGCGCGAGACCGGAGACACGGACACGUCGGAGCAGGUCAUCGCCUCCUUCAGGAUACUGGCUGCGGAUAAGCCGUAUAUUCUGGUGGAUGAGCUGCGCCGGGAGCUUCCUCCGGAUCAGGCCGAGUACUGCAUCUCCAGGAUGCCUCCUUAUAAAGGACCCGACGGAGCCCCGGGAGCGCUGGACUACACGGCCUUCUCUACGGCGCUGUACGGCGAGAGCGACCUGUAGAUGACCGGAGCCCAGUAGAAAACUCUGCUGUAGUCUCGUGUGUGUGUGUGUGUGUGUGUGUGUGUGUGUGUGAGCUUCCUCCUGUACUCAAGCUGAUGAUACACGGACAACUUUAGAGCAGCGCCGCCAUCAACACGCAACCGGGUGAGACACAAGUGCCUAGGCAACAUCACUCAGCCAAAAAGUUUUGCGCUCAAAAAGUUGUCCCGUGUGUCGUCACCUUGGCUGACACUGGAAAAAGAUAAUCAAUCAUGUGCGUAAUAAACCACAAAUGAACAUGAAAAUGUGUGUUUCAUCUUAAAAUAAAGACGUUUAGCCAUUGCA